CUCCAGCGCUCAAAAAAACACACUAAACAAGCAAAAAAAAAAGAAAAAAACAAAUCGAAAAAAAAUUACAAGAUAAAUAUCCAAGUGCGAAAGUGAGUGAACUUUUUUUCCUGUGUACCGAGUGCGUGUGUUUUAGCCAUGAAAGUGUGAAAUUGGGAACUCCAAACUCUUUUUGCGAAAUAUCUCGAAAGAAAAAAAAUACCAAGAACUACCGUCGGCAAAAAUGCAGGCCACGAAAAUGCGUACGCCCUUUGCCAUCCAGGAGAUUUUGGGACUGGGCGCCUAUCAGCAGCAGCAGCAGAAUAAUAAUAAUAAUAAUAAUAAUGCCACGCCCUCGGAGGCGCCGCCCUCGCCGGCAGCCACGCCUCCACCCGCCGCCCCUCCGCAACAGCAGCAGCAACAACAACAACAGCAGCAGCAACAACAGCAGGCUAUAGAAAGUUUAAGGGACUCGAGAUCCAUAUCCCCCGAUGUCUCCCGACUUUCGGCGGCUGCUGCAGCGGCGGCGGCGGCAGCGGCGGCCGCCCACUGCCAACUGCCCGUCUUCAAUCCGGCCAACUUCUAUGCCGCCGCCGGUUAUGCCGCUGCCGCGGAUCCGGGAAAUGCCGCGGCGGCCCAUCAUCAUCAUAUGACCACCUUGGCGGCGGCCGCCUAUCUCAGGGGAUUCCUACCGCCCGGCUUCAGUACGCCCCACGAGUUCCGGGGGCACUUUCAGCAGCACUUCGGGGCACAGUUUGCAGAACAAGCUGCCGCCCGAGGUCAGGAGUAUGCGAGCAGUUUGGCCAAUGCCAGUGGUGAUGAGCAGUCGCCGAGCAAAAACAGCAGUUCAUCGGGCAACGGAGGAUCCGGAGGUUCAGGAUCGGGCUCUGGUUCAGGUAGCUCCGGAGGAUCGGGAGGCGCCAACCAGGCCAACUCCAAUGGUCAUUUGGGCUCGCCAACGGCCAGUAAUGGUGGCUCCACCGCCGGCGGUGGUUCGGGAGGCACAUCCGGUAGCACCUCCUCCACAUCCGCUGGGGGAGGAAACGGAGGAGGAACCUCCGCCGGCAGCCGCUCCUCGCCCGCUGCGCCGCAUCACUCGGCCGCCCAUCUGGCCGCCCAUCAACAUGCAGCGGCUGCUGCGGCUGCCGCUCAUCAUCAUGCCGCCGCCGCUGCCGCCGCCCAUCACGCCCACCAUGCCCACGCCCAGGCGCACGCCCAUGCCCACGCCCAUGUCCAUGCCCAUGCCGCCCACGCUGCCCAUGCCGCCCAUGUUCAUCAUGCCGAGGCAUUUUUGGGCGGAGCAGGCGGUGCCGGCGGAGGUAAUCCCAAUAGUCUGCUGGCCGCCCAUGGCGGCGAUGUCCUGGUCGGUCCUGGCGGCACUGUGGGUCCCGGGGGCAAGAAGAAGAACAAGCGACGUCACGGCAGGACAAUCUUCACCAGCAGCCAGCUGGAGGAGCUGGAGAAGGCCUUCAAGGAGGCCCACUAUCCGGAUGUGAGCGCCAGGGAGCUGCUGUCCAUGAAAACGGGACUGGCCGAGGAUCGCAUUCAGGUGUGGUACCAGAAUCGCCGGGCCAAGUGGCGCAAAACGGAGAAGUGCUGGGGUCACAGCACCAAAAUGGCCGAGUACGGUUUAUAUGGGGCGAUGGUGCGGCACUCGCUGCCGCUGCCCGAGACGAUUAUAAAGUCGGCGAAGGAGGACGAAUCGGUGGCCCCCUGGCUGCUGGGCAUGCACAAGAAGUCCCUCGAGGCCGCCGAGCUGCUGAAGAGCGACGAGAGUGACCGUGAGACGCCCACUUCGGAUGACACGAACACCAGUUACUCGGCGGGCAGCACCCACAACUCACCGAUCUCAAGCUUCUCGAUCUCACGGCUGCUCUUCGACGCCCCACCACCGCCGGCGGCGGGCUCCGCUGGGGGAAAGGGGCACGGGCACGGUCACGGUCACGGGCACCAUCAUCACCAUCACCAUCACAAAGCCGGGCAUCAUCAUCACGCCCAUGUUCAUGCCCAGGCUCAGGCUCACGCCCACAUGCUGUUGCACCACCAGCAGCAACAGCAGCAGCAGCAUCAUUUGCACGGCGGCGGCGAGCCAUCCUCCUUGCAGCAGCAACAGCAAGCGGUUGGUUCCGGUUCCGGUGCAUCUGGGCCACCGGCUCAUCAUCCCUACAAUCAGCAGCAGCAUCUGCAUCACCUGCAGCAACUGCAACAGCAGCAGCAGCAACAGCAGGCGGCGCAACAGCAGGCGCAGCACCACCAACAGAUCCACCACAUGCACCACCACAAUGCCACCGGCUAUGCCGAGGCCGCUGUGGCUGCUGCGGCAGCUGCAGUUGCUGCUCGGAAUGCAGCAGCAGCGGCCGCCGUGGCAGUGGCCUCCGCAUCCGCAUCCGCAGCCGCAUCCGCAGUGACCAUCGCGGAGUCCGAGGCGGAGGAGGAGCAGGACGACAUCGAGGACAUGGAGAUGGACAAGGAUUGUGAGCUGGAUGAAGAGCUGGACGUGGAGCCGGUGGACCUCAACAACGAUAACAAUGACAACAACGAAGGAGAUCCGCAGGCGGAUACGGAUGCGGAUGGGGAUCCCGAAAUCGACAUUUGCGACGAUCACGACGAGGAGGUGCGUCUGCAGGAGCAGCUCCUGCUGAAGGUGAAACAGGAACAGCAGCAGCAGCAGGCCCAGCACCAUGGACUAAGAUGAAACAUGUACAUCGAUGUGUUGUUCUAAAAGAACAACGAUAAAUGAUAAAUAUAUAUAUAUAUUCAGGAUUCUCGAGACACAGCAACAUCCGGCUAAAUGCAAUGAACAUUUUUCUAAGGCAUAAACACGAUGAGCUUUUUACACUGGGCUGUGUAUUUUGUAUUCAAAAUGUUUAUAAAACAAAUACACAGCCCAGGUUAAAAAUCUUAAAUUAAAGGCAUUAUAUUCAUAACACAAAAAACAAAACAAAAACCUAAUCUUAAAGCCAACAAACAAUUUUUUUUCAUACACCUAAGCCAGCACACGUAAUUAAUCUAUAUACAUAUAUAUAUAUAUAAUAACAUAUAUAUUCUCUCAUUUCUUCAGUGUAAAUAAUAAAUUAUUACAAAGAAAAAACAAUACAUUAGCGCGUAAAAAGAGCUGCAACGAUUUGCAAACAUUUUUAAAAUAUGCUAAAUGUGAUUUAAUUUAGUUGUCAAUUCUAAAAACAAGGCUUUUUAUGGUUUAGGACUCUUUUUUUUUGCCUAUUAAAUUUAGUGAUUUUUUUUUUCUAACUGUAUUUACUUCCUGUAAAAAAUGUACAUACCAAAUCCGAAAUUCAAUCAAUACAACAACGUAUAAUAUGUACAUGUGUUACAACCUGAAACGUAAAACAGUCCACUGCCUCUGGCUCUCAAAUUCUUCUCUACUCUUUUGUCUUUAUAAUUCAAAUUUUUUAAAACACGAAAAAAAGAUACAUAAGUAACAGCAAAAUGUGUAUUUAAAUGAAAAAAAAAACAAACGAACAAGAAACAAAACAAAUCCACAUACAAUACACACAUACUUAUAUAUGAAAGUUAGAUGAAAUAAAAUGGAUGAUAUAUAAAUAUAA